AUGGCUACAGUCGAUGUUGAUUUGGGUGUUAACUCUAGCAAUACGUACUCCAUUGCUGGAAAGCAAUUAAAAUUCAAUGCAGAAGAUGAUAUUAAACCAUAUUUAGAAGAUCUUGGUAAUCGUAAAGAAUUAAAGAAGCUUGAUUUCUCAGGCAACACAUUAGGUAUCGAAGCAUCUAAAGCUUUGAGUGAGACAAUAUUACAACACAAGGAUACUCUAGUUGAAGUUGAUUUCUCUGACAUAUAUACAGGAAGAUUGAACACUGAGAUUCCAAAGUCAUUGGGAUUCCUUUUACCAGCAUUGUUAAAGUUACCAAACUUGAAAUUAAUUAACUUAAGUGAUAAUGCCUUCGGAUUGCAAACAAUUGAUCCUAUUGAAGAUUUUAUAUCGAAAGCAAUCUCGAUCGAACAUUUGAUUUUAUCAAAUAAUGGUAUGGGACCAUUUGCUGGCUCAAGAAUAGGUAGUUCCUUAUUUAAGCUCUACGUUGCUAAAAAGGAAGCAAACAAAUCUUCGUUGAAGACUUUUAUCUGUGGUAGAAAUAGGUUGGAGAAUGGAUCUAUUAAUUAUUUGAGCAUUGGCUUAAGAAACCAUAAGGACUUGAGUACUGUGAAAUUGUACCAGAAUGGUAUUCGUCCGGCUGGCAUUUCAAAAUUGGUAUCGCAAGGUUUAUCACACAGUAAAGUUCUUAAAAUCUUAGAUCUUCAAGACAAUACCAUUACUCUCAGUGGAGCUGAAGCUAUAGCUCAAUCAUUGAGCAAAUGGGAUAAGUUAUCCGAAUUAAACCUCAAUGACUCUUUGUUGAACCCUAAGGGUUCAUUAGUUCUUGUUAAUGCUCUUAACGAGAAACCCAAGGAAACACUAAAAAUCCUAAAACUACAAUUUAACGAGCUUGAACAAGAUAGUUUGGAGGCUUUAACUUUUGCUAUUAAGGAUAAUUUGCCAAACCUACAACUAUUAGAAUUGAAUGGCAACAGAUUCGAAGAAGAUUGUGAUGAGAUCAAAAAGAUAAUUUCCAUAUUUGAAGAUAGGGGCUUUGGUGAGAUAGACGAGCUAGAUGAGUUAGAAGAGUGCGAUAGUGAAGAGGAAGAGGAGGAAGAGGAGGAUGCUGAAGAAGAUGUGUUAGAGAAUGAUGCUGACUUGGAUCAAUUAGAAGAAGACUUGAUUGGCAAAGCAGAGAGACCAGACAAAGAUGUCGACCAGAUAGCUAAUGAAUUGGCUAAAGCUCAUAUUAAUUAA